UAAAAGCUUGCAAUGAGUUAAAUGAUAUCACAUUUAUUUUAUUUUUUUUAGGGAAGAGUCCGUGGGCAGUAAGCAGCGGGUAGCGGGUAGCGGGCAGUGGGUAGCGGGCAACGGCGGGCAGGCGGCGGCAGCGCGCGUUGUGGAGGCAGCGGGCGUACGAAAGCUCCGCGUACUCGCAGUGCCGUUAGUGCAGGCUCGGGCGGGCGGCGGGCGGCGGGCGCGGGCGGGCGGCGGCGGGCGGGCCGUGGGAGGUACCGUUAGUGACGUCGCGCGUGACGUCGCGGCCGUGACGUCAGACGGCGCGAUAUAGCCGCCAGCCUCGGCGGCGGCGGCCUCAGUAUCGCACCGACCGUUCACCGGCGCGUACUUCCGCGCGCUUUCCCGCGAGCCUUCAGAGCGACUGAGCGACCAAGUGAGUGAGUGCGCGUGCAGUGAGUGGAAUGUGCUCGGCCGCAUGAGGAUCCUGCUGAGCGAGCUAGGACUGUCCGGCGGGUGCCUCGACCUGACCCUGGAGCCGUGCGCCGCAUCUCUGGACCCCGACAAGCCUGCGCCAGGUCAGCGCCCGCACGACGUUUCGCGGACCCCUACUUCUGUGUUUAUUUUCGCUUUCGUUGUGUAGAACCUCUGGAUAUUGUAGACUCUGUGUGGAACUGUCGUGACGAUGGCCAUCGGCUAGGAUGCGAGGUGCGUUGCUGACGCCCUCCAACAAACACUGCGCCCUUAAACGAUUCCAACACAUACGGCCGAGCGCCAUCGAGCCGCGCUCGCCAAGCGCCUUCUCGCCAAACUCCUCCAGCAUGCUACUGCUGCAAACACACAGCAACUACGGUUCGUCCUUUACUGAUCUCUUAUCCUCGCAGUACCGGGAAGAUUCCACGGAAAUAUUAGAAGAAAACUUAGAUCCGUUUCCGGACGUCGAAUUUCACGCACCGAUUCCCCUUGAAAUAAAAUCGCAACGAGCGACGCCAGUGAGCGAGACCCCAUCGCCGACACUCGGGCCCGCCUUGCCAAGUUUCGAGGAAACUUACUCUGUUCGAUACCCGAAGCAAGAAAUGGCAGAAUUCGGAAUAAAAAUGGACGAAGAUUGCUACAACGUGAGCGCGUAUUCCCAUCAGGGACAUACAUCUACGCAGCUCCUGUAUCAAUAUCACCAGCCUGCGCUUCCUUACGUCCCCUCCACGUACUAUGCUCCGGCACAACCGUGCAGUCCAACCUUUGACACGGGAGGGGUCGCUACCAAUCAAGACUCCUAUUCCUUGCCUCCCUUUCCUAGUUCCAUCGAUUUGCAUAUAUCUUCUGAUCAAGGAUCAAGACAACGCCGGGCGUCGUUGCCUGUGCAGAGAUCGGAAUCCAAUAGUUCCAACGAUAGCCCGAAAGUUCACGGAAGGGUUCAGUGCAUGCAAGCAUCUGCGCCUAGUUCUGCGUCGAGUUCGCCCGGUGGAGCUGCCCCGGACGCGGUGGCCGCGCGCGCCGCGCCGCCCUCGCCAAGCCAGCUGUGCGCCGUUUGCGGUGACACUGCAGCCUGCCAACACUACGGAGUUCGUACUUGCGAGGGCUGCAAAGGAUUUUUCAAGAGGACCGUGCAGAAGGGUUCGAAAUACGUGUGCUUAGCCGAAAAAUCAUGCCCAGUAGACAAGAGAAGACGAAAUAGAUGCCAAUUUUGCCGUUUCCAGAAAUGUCUCGCUGUCGGCAUGGUAAAGGAAGUAGUUCGAACCGACUCAUUAAAAGGUAGACGUGGGCGAUUACCCUCUAAACCUAAAUGCCCUCAAGAAUCACCGCCGAGCCCGCCGAUCUCCUUGAUCACUGCUCUUGUGAGAGCUCACGUGGAUACCUCGCCAGAUUUUGCUAACCUCGAUUACUCCCAGUACAGAGAGCCGAAUCCUAUGGAGCCCCCUUUGUCGGACUUAGAUGUAAUUCAGCAGUUUUACUCGCUGCUGACGACGUCGAUCGAUAUGAUAAAAGUGUUCGCGGAGAAAGUGCCUGGGUACGGGGAGCUGUGCAUAGAGGACCGCGAACAACUGUUCGCAUCGGCGCGGCUGGAGCUGUUCGUGCUGCGACUGGCGUACCGCACACGGCCCGACGACACCAAGCUCACCUUCUGCAACGGCCUUGUGUUGGACAAGCGCCAGUGCCAGCGCGCGUUUGGCGACUGGCUGCACGCCGUGCUUGAUUUCAGCAAUACGCUGCACUCCAUGGACAUCGACAUCUCCACCUUCGCCUGUCUCUGCGCAUUGACUUUGAUAACAGAGAGGCAUGGUCUGAAGGAGCCUCAUCGCGUGGAGCAGUUGCAGAUGAAGAUCAUCGGGUGCCUGCGCGCGCACAUGCCGGGCUGCGCGGGCGCAGCGGGCGGCGGGGCGGGCGCGCCGCACUUCAGCCGCGUGCUGGGGGCGCUACCGGAGCUUCGCUCACUGUCAGUGCAGGGUCUGCAGCGAAUCUUCUACCUGAAGUUGGAGGACCUGGUGCCACCGCCGCCGCUCAUAGAGAACAUGUUCCGCGCCAGUCUGCCCUUCUAGGCGCCCCGACCCUUCGCAUCGCCUUGCACGAUCCCCGAGGACCAUUCCCCGCCUUCGUAACACGACUCCUUCUAUCCUUAGAGCCGACUCUGUUAUUUUUAUAAGUGUUUACUUAGAUUUAAUAUAUUUUUAGAAUAGUUGGACUUUGGACUGGAUAUCCGAUGGAAUCGGUUCACACUCGAUUUAAAGAAUUUUAUUUGACAAAAAAAACCUUAACAUAUAAGUUUUUCGAGAGAUUUCGAUAUUUAUUACAUAAGCUUAAUUUAUUGUAAAUGUACAUUUAUGUGUGGAUCAGUUUUAUCUUACAUAUUUAUAACUUAAUCUAAUUAAAAGUAUAGUUGCAUUUGAGUUACCGUUCGUGAUCCGAUGGCAUCUCGUCGUACAAAUAUUCCUAUGUUAUUUACUUGUGUAUUAUUUAAAUAAGAAAAAUCUAGUCACAAGACUUACUAAUGUAAAAUUUGGCUUGUAAACACCGAAUUUUAUAGUUAUAUUAAUGUUAUGAGCGACAAGGAGAGGCACACAACGCGUCAGGCGUCAGGCGUCCGGCGGCCGGCGGGCUGCGUGGUGCUGCCUCGGAACAGGAGUUGUUGGAAGUUACCUUUUAGGUUUAAUUUAUUUUAUAUUAAUAAUUUUUGAUGAUAGAAUGUUAACGUAAUUUGUUAUAGUGUUUGUACGAGGUUAGAGAAAAAGUUCAGCAACAAGUUUACAUCACGAUACUUCUUUAAACUGCGUGUCUUAAAGAGUACCUUCCUAGUUAGAUAACUAAUGUAUAUCGUAAUGUGAAAUUGUCCUACUUGUUUCUAAUUAUUUAAGUAGAUAUCAAAAAUACAUAUCACUUUACCUAUGUAGAUAGUGACAAAAUAAAAAUGCCCCAAUGAGUCCAAUAAUUGGGACUAAUCAAUUGUGAUUUUUUUUCAAUAGUUUAAUGAACCCAACUAUGGUGAAAGGUUUUUGUAUUAAACAACCAUAAUAAUCUGAUUAUUCCAAUUACAAACCCUUAAUUAUAGGAUCUACUAUCGGUGCACUCAGUACAAAUGCUAAAUGUAAAUAAAUUGCUUAAAUUAUUUAUGAUGUUUAAUCGCACUGCAUACAAAAUGCAUAUUUGUUACCUUUAUUAAAAAUGUAAGGUAACUGUUUAAAAUUAUACCCUAGAACCUAGAAUGUAAAAAUUGUUAUUGUAUAGAAAUAAUAUGUGAUAAUUUUUUUACGAAAUUUAUAUCUAUUUUGAUACAUAUUUAACUGUGCUGAACUUUUUACUCGACGCCUAAUCUCCUUUAAAUGAAUUAGUUAAUUUAAAGUAAUUUUUAAUUGUAAUUAACAAAUUAUUUCCUUAUUCUUUUUUACGUAUGACUAUUUUUAUUGUUCUGUUAUACACAGCAGCGUAAGUGAUAUGUAGGUGUAAAAAGCACAAGGCAUUAUCUUUUAAUCCAAAAUCUCAUUUUGUAUUUUGCUUGCCCUUAAAAAUAGAUAGAUUUUAUCUUUGAUGUUAACGUAUUGUACAUGACACGCUCGGUUGUGCUUUAGAAAUAGUUAAAAGUUUUAAUUGUACCGCCAAUACCGGAACCAAGAAGCAGAUAAUGCAAGUGCUACCUAUUUGUUAAACUUAUUCGUCUUUCCCUAGAUUUCUAUGAAAACAUUCCAACAUUGUAUUAUUAAAAAAAUCACGUUAUUAAUACAAUAUUUAACAUUCACGUCCUACCCACUUCACCCUUAAAAACGUAGAUUGCGCUGAGUAGAAGAGAACAAUCUAUUACUAUAAUAUAAACAAUUCAACAUAGAUCCUUUAGAAACUUAACGUAUUCUUUAAGUUUCAUAAAUGUUAGGACUUUUACUGCAUUUCUUUUAUAUCAACAACAGUUUGAUGUGCUUUUGUUACAUGUUAUACAAUUUUUUCUUUGUAAAUAUUUCGCCCCAAUAAUACUGACGCACAUGCGUCAAUUGAAAUAUA